AUGGGCCUUGCCGUUCGGCAAGGUACUCUUGUAACCCUAGGGCCUAGGGUUUGGGAGGGAAGGCAUCAUACUUGGAGAUUUUUUGAGAAAGAUUGUCAGAAAGUGAGAAGGAGAGAAAGAUUUCUGAUGUCUGAGAGUGAAGAGGCCAGUGAGUAUGUUUGUUCUGAAGAGGAGAGUUCCCAGACAGAUAGUUUUGUAGAAGGGCUUAUAGAAGCUAGGAUGGGAGUGCAUGAGGGUGAGAUGGCUGGGCCAUCAGUAGAGUCUGGGUCAGAGGCAUAUAGGAAGAUGCAGAAGAAGUAUAAAGUGUUAGAAGCCAUGUUGAUCGGGUUCUAG